AUGCAUUCCUACAUCCGUCCUCAUCAGCAUGUCGCUUUGCGACUUCCCUCCGAUUCAACCAAAAUCGUGAAAGUCGUGCCGAAUACUAUGAUCUUUCUGGGAAAAUAUGGCAGCUUUCCUUCCAACCAAAUCAUCGGCCGACCCUUCUACCUAACCUUCGAGAUCCUGAGCAAUUCGGGCGAAACCGAUAACUGCAGCCUGCGCAUCAUCUCAGCAGCCGAAAUCCAUGCCGAAUCAUUGAUUACCGAAGGUGAAGGGUUUGGGGAUGCGGAGGGCGACGACGACGUGGCCGAAAUGAACAUGGAUCAACCCCCCGUGCGCACCAAUCGCGAAAUCCAAGACGACAACUCGGCUCAAAGCAUGACAGUGGAGGAGAUCGAGGCCUUGAAGAAGGAAUCUAGCGGUGCGGGACGGGAGAUUAUCGCCAAACUUCUAGAAUCGCAUUCGGCUCUGGACCAGAAAACCGCGUUCUCGCUCGCGAAAUACACCCUGCGCAAGCGAAAGAAGUACAUGAAGCGUUUCACUGUGCUACCCUUGGACGUCAGUCUCCUGACAAACUAUAUGCUGUUCGAGAAAGAUGCCUCCAAGACGUUGGAGCUACGCGACGAAUUGCUGGGUCUCCUGGGAUGUUGGGGAAACGUACACCACGGAUCGGAUUCUUCUCUAGAUGCGACUCUCACCUCCACGAAACCCAAUGGACGCUACCUCGUUAUUGACGAUACGGGUGGCUUGGUGGUUGCUGCCAUGGCCGAGCGAAUGGGCAUCCUCUACCCCCAUGAUGGAGAGGACGAAGAGGAGCAGACCUCGGCAAAUGAGCCACUUCCGCCCAAGACGGAGGAGGAAACUGAGGCCACCGAGGAGGCCCAAUCUACUGCAAACAACGCUACUCCUAAGCGUCCGAAUCGCCGAGCUCAUAUGUCCGCGCGAGACAACACGAUCACGCUUGUCCACGCAAACAUGCAAGCCAACCUUUCCCUUCUCAAGCAUUUUGGAUACGAGCAAGACAACCCCGACCCGACACACCCUCUCUAUGCGCACCUAAAAACCGUGUCUUGGCUGCAAUUAAUAGACCCGAGUGCCGACAGCCUCUAUUCCCAGGAGCCUCCCGUGGUUUCAGAUUCUGAGUUAGCCACGCUCAAACCCAACAAACGCAGUACUUACUACCGAAAGCGGAAUCGAUGGAUGCGAGUUCAGAAGGUCGUGGACGAAGUUCGAGCCGGUGGAUAUGAUGGACUAGUUGUUGCCAGUCUCAGUGAUCCCGACAGCUUGUUGAAACACGCUGUUCCUCUAUUAGCCGGCUCGGCUCAGGUCGCGGUCUACUCGCCCACAAUCGAGCCCCUCACCCAGCUCAUGGAUCUCUAUUCCACGCCGAGGAAGACGGCCUUCCUCAAUAAGAGACAGGAUCUGAAAGAGAACCAGCAGCAGCAGCAGUCAGAUGACCAGACGGCAGAGGGCAGCGCAGAGUCCCAGAGCAUCGAGUUCCCUGAACUUAUUGAAGAAUUCUUCCUCGAUCCUUCGCUUCUAUUGGCGCCGACACUUGAGACCUCUCGAGUACGCCACUGGCAAGUUCUACCGGGCCGCACGCAUCCGCUAAUGUCCGGACGCGGUGGUGCCGAGGGCUAUGUAUUCCAUGCUGUGCGAGUGGUUCCCACCCAGGCAGCCGUUCACGCGGCCGGAAACUCAAGUCGCAAGAAGAGGAAAAUCACCCAGGAGACGCCUACCGCCACGGCCGACAGUGCCAGCGGUAUGGAUGUUGACACGAAAUGA